GAUGCUUUGCCAUGCGACUCGUGCGACUCGGAAUUCCCAGAAACAGCACCGCACGGUUGACGGUACCCUAAAACUAAAAGACAGACGGCUUGCCAGCACUGCCACGGCUGUGGAGAUCACAUAAUCCAGGUUGCUGGAGAGUAUAACACUGGCGGCUGAUUUGAUUGCUGACCUCCACUCCAAGAACCACUGUAGAGCAGCCAUGCUAUCUUCGCCAGUGUCUAUCAUCCCUCCCACAUCACGAUCCGGGCCAACGUCACCCUCAGCCGUUCAGCCCACCAACACGCUUAUCAUCACCCAAGUGCCACGAAGCUUUUUUGAGCCGGUUAUCCUUUGGGCGCUUCGUGAAUACUUUGCUGUGUACGGGGAGAUCGCUCAUUGGGUUCCGAUAUCUUGUUUCUCCCGUAUACUUUUGGUAUACAACGAUGUCGAGUCUGUGGAACAGGCUAAGGCCAACAGCGACCCUUUGGUCAUCCAACCGGUUCAUGGGCAGCAAACCAUUCUCCGAGUGUACCGUGCAGAGCCAAAUCCGACUAUCAGUCCAUCUUCACCAACCUCCGAGGAUCAGUUCCUCAAACCUCCCCCGUUGGAGAAGAAUUUCCUCAUUUCCCCACCGGGAUCGCCGCCAGUUGGUUGGGAGCAGAUACGUGAGGACCCGCCGAACUCCGUCGCACUCGCAGAGGACCUCGUCGCUGCUUUGAACAAGUUGAAAUGCCGAGAGAAACGUGGGGUUCGGGAGGUGUUGCUCGAGCCCGAAGAUGGGAUUGGUGUUGGUGUAUAUGUCGAGGAUUGCGACGGGGAGGAUGAACUAGACGAUGAAGAUAAGGAAGAAGAUUGGGAGUACGGCACGCCCAACCCAUCGCGGAUGCAUUGGAAACCACUCCCUACAUCCCUACCCCCGAUGCCAGUGACUUUGCGUUAGUUCACUGCGAGUAUCGUUACGCGAUGACCGACUGCGAAAAACACGU